AUUCUGAUUUUUAGGAAUUAUUAUAAAGAAAAAUAAAGCUUAAUAGAUAUCAAUAAUUUCUCAGUUUUCCUAAUUACUACACAAUGUCAUUGAACGAGCAUGGGUUCUGGCUUUAGCGCGCAUAAAGGUAAAAAAACUGCACAGAGAGAGGCAACAGAGUAUUGUCAAAAUAACAAUGUAGAUAUAAAAGAGAGUACUGCAAAUAAAAACGAAAACAUGAGCGAGAAUGAAAAUAUUGAAUCAAUAACUGAACAUAUUACGGUAAAUCAAUUAAAUUGUGAAGAAACAAAAAAUAUCGAAGACAAUGACUUUUUGGUUAAUGCAGCAAAUGUUCUGGAUGAAGUUCUACCCUUUUUCGCACCAAUUGAAGAACCAGAAAUAUGGGGUACUAAAGAAGGCCGAAUUAAAUCCAAGAAAAUAGCAUUUCUAUCAAUAAAUUCUAACAACAAGAAACUCACUCGGAAGAAAAGACAAGUAGUAUCACAAUUAUUUAGUAAAAAAAAUGUUCCUGAAUUUGUUAAAAGUCAUUUCGAAUAUGCAGUUCUUAACAUGACUGAUCUUUUUAAAAAAGAUGAAAAAAUAUUAAAAGAGGAAUUUAAAUCACAACAAGAAGAAGCUAGUAAAGGAGAAGGAGGGAAAACUAAUAAAGACGAGGAAGAAAAAAACACUGUAGUAAAUGUAACUUUGAAUGUGCAAAAUAUUUUGGGAAACUUUCUAAUGAUGAUUAUCAAUUGUUCUGAUGUGGAUGUGGAUUUUUGUUUUCAGUGCUGUAGUAUUGGUAUGGUGAAAAUCUUGAUUGACUCACUGACCUUGUACAUGCCAAUUAUAAGUGAGGAAGACAAAAAGGAUUUGACGGCCAUGAACAUCAGAGAAAAUGGACGAACAAGAAUUUUGAGUUUCAUCUUCAGUUGCCUUCACAACAUUGGAAAAUAUCCUGCUAGUAGAAAAUAUUUUGAGUAUAGUGACUGUAUUGGAAAUCUGGUACCAUUUCUUACAGCUAUGACACAAAUAUUUUCAAUGAAAGCAUUAUUAAUACUCUCUUAUUUGAUCGAUGAAGAAAACAAUCACGUGAUCAUGACAAACAAAGACCCUAUCAAGUUGAUUAUCAGCUACCUGCGGAGUGCUAUUAAAUCAAAAAACCAUCGUUACCUGGGAUUUAGUUUGAGUGAAUUGAUCAAUGGGUUACGACUGAUUGCUCAAAAUGAUGUCAACAAACAGAUUAUUGGUGAAAAUGGAGGUAUUGAUGUCAUUGCAUUAGCUUUAGAAUUUCGUCCAAAUGACAAAGAGGAAGAAGAAAAGGAAGUACUAGAAUCCUGCAAAGCAUUAUGGAUCCUAUCAUUUCAUGACAACAACCGAAAAUUGAUUUGUGAAAAUAAUGUCAUAAUGAAUCAUUUGCAGAAAAUUAAAGGCGGUUAUAAUAAAAGUCUUGGAAAAGCUGCUGCUGGAGCACUGUGGGAGUUAGAAGAGAAAUACGAAAGAGAAGAUGUCGACAAGAGUAAAACAAAAGGUCAUAUCAUGAUUAGUUAUCAAUGGACAUACCAAAAAACCAUGUUGCAAGUAAGAGAUCAGCUGCGAAGCAACGGCUACAAAGUUUGGAUGGAUGUUGAUCAGAUGGGUGGAUCUACCUUGGAAGCUAUGGCAAAAGCCGUGGAAGGUGCUUGUCUUGUAGUAAUAACAGUAUCUAGAGCAUACAAAGAAAGUGCAAACUGCAGAUCAGAGGCUGAGUAUGCGUUCCAGCUACAGCGUCCCAUAAUACCGCUAAUGAUGGAAAACAAUUACGUUGCUGACGGUUGGUUAGGUUUUAUCGUUGGUGCAAAGUUUUGGAUAGAUUUUAAAAGGGAAGAAAAUAUGGGAGAUUCGUUAGAAGCGCUUCUUCGUGAAAUAGAGGCACAAAUCAAUAAAGACGUAGUUAAAGACAAACAAAUCAGCGUUGUGGAGUCUUCGCUUCCUCUACAACAACAGCAGCCAUUAACUUCGGUUGUUAAGUCUUGGUCGUCAAAAGAAGUAAACGAAUGGCUAAAAAACAUAAAACUUGAUCACUUAUUACACGCGACCGUUAAAAAUGAUUUGGAUGGAUCCGUUUUGGUUCAUCUUCACAACCUGAGAAAGGAGAGUCCUGACACCUUUUUCCGCAUGCUGAAAGAAGAUUUAGGAUUAAAGAAAUUAAAGAAUCUGUUUACAUUUGCAGAUGGUUUGCAAGAGCUGUUAGCCAAAGCAGCAAAAACAAUUUAACUACAACUUUCAAAAGUGAUCAACGGCUUCCAGUGCUAAAACAUAUCAGGUGUUGAAACUACCAUUUGCAAGUUGUUAUCCUCGCCAGCGAAAUUUUUUUUAGAAAUAUUACACAAAUGUGAACGACCAAUUCACUUUUUAAUAGAUUUCUUAUUUUUUUAUUUUUAUUUACGGUGAUACAGUACAAGUGAGAUUUUUUAAAAAAAGUUAAUUUAAAGAUAAUUAACUCCUAUAUAUACGGAGGUGUGGCACUCAAGGGCUAAAAUAUGCUGAUAUCAGCAGCAAAAAUCUGAAAAUCAUAAGGCAGAACCACAUUUUUUUAAAGUUACCCAGGGUUCCUCGACGUUGUCCAUCGCAUUGGCUAGCGCUGAAACUUGUGAACGAGACGCAGUUGGAAGCUAAGGAAUCGUGGCUUCGAACUGAAGACAUGCUGAGAAAUGCCAUGAGUCGUGCAAGGGAAAGGAGAGGAAGUCUUAGUAAUUUUUUUUCAUUGGAUUUACAAGAAUUUGAGGUACCCCAGAAUGAGAAGUAAAGAACAGAAACGCCUUUCUGAUGUCUGAUGAUGAGGGAUGGUCACAUCUGGAUAAUAUUUAUUUUGUGAUUUUAAGCUACCUAGCUAAUACCAUGCCAGCACUUCAGGGGCACAUUUGUUAUUAAAUAAUUAAGUGAUAAAGUACAAGAGCUAAAUAUAUUAGUUUUAUGAGGCUAGCUAUACAAGAGAUUUUUCAAGGCAUUCUGUCAUUUUAAAUAAAGAUAGCUACUUCCUAGCAAUUUGGACCUCCCAUAACAGUGAACAGUCAAGACUUGAGUAUAUAGCUAGUUAGGUGUGCAAGGCAUUGCAUGUUGGUUAAAUAUGUUGUCACGACAAACAGAAACCUAUAUUUCAUAAAUAAAUUUCUGCAAAUGUUCAGGUUUCUUUUAUCGAACAGAAACCUGUUUUUCAUAAAUAAAUAUUUGUAGAUUUUCAGGUUUCUUUUAUGAAAUAACAAAAUUUUGGAAAGUAUAGCCAGAAGUAAUAUUCGCUUGGAGCCGGAAGACGUAAAGUCUCUGUCCAGGUUAAGACUUAGUAAAGGGUAAACUGUGUCAUACGGAGGACACUUAGUGUAAUGUGUUACAAAUCCAGUGGAGUGCUUAUAGCAUAAAGGUAUAAUACAUUUUUCAUAAACCAACAUUCACAGGACUUAUGAUGAAGCCUAUUGUUACUUCUGCAAAGCAAAUACAGUUGUUUAGCAUUUUUCAUUUUGCAUAAUAAGUUCCUGUAGAUAUUCAAAAAUUAAUUGUGAGUGGCACCAGGCUGAGCGAUUAGUGCAAGUAAACGUGUUGCAGAUCCAGGUGGACAAAAAAAUAACUUCUAACAACUUUGUAUUUAUAGAGCUGGAUAAGGUAUAUGGUCCUAAACCUGGGACACAUUUUAUCUGUUUGAAUUAUUUUAAAUCCUGAGAAUCACUUUGAAUGUUAUCUGUACACAUGGCUUGUCAAAAUAAUAUGCUUUCAAAAAAGGUUUAUCGGAGUCCCCAAAAAUGGCUAAAUUCAGGAACUCAAGAACUAUAAUAGUAGCAAAAAAAUUUUUUGGGUUCAUUUCAUCAAACUGGUCUAAAAACAUAUAAUACUAAGUUUCAAGUCAUUAUUUCAAUUUUUACUGAAGUAAUAGGACUUUUACUUAUUAUGGUUUUAGCAUAGUUUUUCAUACUGCUGACACCAAAAUGGCUGCACGGACUAAUCGGUUUGAAGUUAAUUUAUAUUAUUUUUAUAACAACCUUUUUCUAUUUAUGUGUUUUUAUUUUCCUGCAAAAGUUGUUCCAUAGCUUAUGUAUAUCACAUUAUGAUAAGGACGAAAAAGUUACUGUGCGACAUGGGUUUUAAACCUUAUAAAUUUCCAGCGAGAAAUUUGAAAACUAAUAAAUGACAAAAUCGCAAAAGUUCAUCUUAAAAAUUUUCAAUUUUUGUUAAUGUGAAAGUAAUCCACUUGAAAAGGUUUCUGAGGUUUUUUAUGAAGAAAUCUUCCAUAUUACCCAUAUGGGGUAACUUGAUGAACAAUGAGAUUUCCCGCAGGUGUUCUGUAGUAUGUGUUAUAUAAUUUUAAAAACUGCGAUGUAAUUUUCCUCUUAAGUUUUGAUUUUAAACCCAGCUAAAAAGCUCAGCCUUGUCCUUUCAUACUUAGUCUAGCUAGCUAUAGCGAAAAAAAUUAAUAUUUAAACUUGACCUAUUUUACUGAGUAUUAAGUAAUAAAUGCUAGUUUAAUCCUUAAUGUAGCUGGGUAGCUAAGCUACCUGUAAGAACAACAUAAAACAACGUCAAGGCUGUUUUCUUUUGUAAACAAACCCAGUGGUAUUUUUGUAAUAAGUACCAAAAUUUGUGUGCAUUUCUUGCGGUUAUGAGUGUAAUCAAAGUGCCCUGUACGUAAAUCCUAAAAAUUUAUGUCAUUGGCUCACUCUUUACGAAUGACACCACAUCUGUAAGAACAACAUAAAACAACGUCAAGGCUGUUUUCUUUUGUAAACAAACCCAGUGGUAUUUUUGUAAUAAGUACCAAAAUUUGUGUGCAUUUCUUGCGGUUAUGAGUGUAAUCAAAGUGCCCUGUACGUAAAUCCUAAAAAUUUAUGUCAUUGGCUCACUCUUUACGAAUGACACCACAUAACAAAAAAAACCAUGCUUUGCUAUUUCCCUUAACCUCUACCGAGAUUUGGUUGUGAUAUAUAUCAGAAUUAAUUGUCUUUAACCACCGUUUCAGACGGGAGAUCGAAAUGCAAACAGAUUGGUUUGGUAAUUUAGCUGUGUCUGUUAAUUACCAAUUAUCAAAAUAAACAGGGUGGAAGAUCUUAAAAUGAUUCUUCAAAGUAUACUUCAAAAAGAUGUACUCACAUCUUCUCGUUACAAAGUUACAACAGCCUUAGUGUGUUGAUAAAAACUUGUAAUUUAUUUAUUUUUCGGUUGCGCUUCCGCUUGAAGUACUUUAUUGUUCAAAAUGUUUGCGGUAAGAAAACUUUGCGGUUUCGCAGUAAUUUCGAAAAUUAAAUUGCGCUAAAUAUCAGGUUUUAUUGCAAACCGUGAAAAUAAAUUUCUUGAAUCUUUUAAACUAUCUUUAAGUUUCAAACCGCGAAAAAAGCGAUAUUACAAACUGCUAAAUGAUUUUUAAUUUAAACUACAAAAGCAACAAGCCUAAACAAAACAGAGACAGCAGGAAAUUUAAAUAGACAGAACACGCAUGAGUUUCUUAGCAACCAUGUUGUUUUUUAAAAAAUAUUUUUUAAAUUUGCUUAAAAAUAAAUUUCGCAGAAAAUAUCUAUUUUCUCUUGCUACGUACAUAGUUAGGUCAUACAAAGUUAACAUUUUCGUCCUCAGACCUUUUUAGGAUAAAAGUUAUGCCAUAGUGAAAUUUGACUAAAAUUUGCUUUUUACUUUGAAAUAUUUUAAAUCGCUCUAAAUUCCAAGUUCUAGAUUUCUGGUUCAAAGUUUUCAGCCUAUGUAAAAGGAUAGAAAAUGAUCUAAUCAAUAGAUUAAGAGUCGAUAGAAUCUCUUUGCGGCACGUUAUCCAUGAACGUUUCGUGCUUCAGUACGGCCGAAACAAGUCUUGUUUAUCAUUAUAAAGACGCAGCAUUAAUCUUGGUUCCUGUUACUACAACCUUGCCAUAUUACAUGUUUACGCAAUUCAGCAAAAACUAAACUCUACGUCGAGAUGUAUUUGUUAAAAUUAUUCUUAUUCUUAUUAUGAAUUAUAAUAUAAAACAAUGUACAAAGAGUUUUUAUAUCAUAUAUUUAUUUGUGCAUUCUGUAAAAAUUUACAAUGUAAAUAAAUAUUACCUAAAAA